AACCAAAUUUGGGACUGCAGUCUUAUGAUUAUAAGAGAAUCAGUUUGGUCCAGUCCUAGUAGUCCAGGAUUUAGGACCGGAUGGACUGGACUGUUUAACAUCCCUGUCAAAAAUGUGCUACGUAACACAUUUUUGGAAUGA